CGGCGGCCGGGGCCUGCUUCCGCUUUGCGCUGAGGCGCGCUCUCUGCUCUCCGGCAGCUGGAAUUAUGGCGGCCGCGGCCACGAUGGCGAACUCGGGUUCGGCGCGGAAGCGGCUCCUCAAGGAGGAAGACAUGACCAAAGUGGAGUUCGAGACCAGCGAGGAGGUGGACGUGACCCCCACGUUCGACACCAUGGGCCUGCGGGAGGACUUGCUGCGCGGCAUCUACGCCUACGGCUUUGAGAAGCCCUCGGCCAUCCAGCAGCGCGCCAUCAAGCAGAUCAUUAAAGGGAGAGACGUCAUCGCCCAGUCUCAGUCCGGCACAGGCAAGACGGCCACCUUCAGUAUAUCCGUGCUCCAGUGCUUGGACAUUCAGGUCCGGGAAACGCAAGCUUUGAUCUUGGCGCCAACCAGGGAGUUAGCUGUGCAGAUUCAGAAGGGCCUGCUGGCGCUCGGGGACUACAUGAACGUGCAGUGCCACGCCUGCAUCGGGGGCACCAACGUGGGCGAGGACAUCCGCAAGCUGGAUUAUGGGCAGCACGUGGUUGCCGGCACGCCGGGGCGCGUCUUCGACAUGAUUCGUCGCAGAAGCUUAAGGACGCGUGCCAUCAAGAUGCUGGUGUUGGACGAGGCUGACGAGAUGCUGAACAAGGGUUUCAAAGAGCAGAUUUACGACGUGUACAGGUACCUGCCUCCAGCCACACAGGUGGUUCUCAUCAGUGCCACGCUGCCGCACGAGAUCCUGGAGAUGACCAACAAGUUCAUGACAGACCCCAUCCGCAUCCUGGUGAAACGUGAUGAAUUGACUCUGGAAGGCAUCAAACAGUUCUUUGUGGCGGUGGAAAGGGAGGAGUGGAAGUUUGACACCCUCUGUGACCUCUACGACACGCUGACCAUCACCCAGGCGGUCAUCUUCUGUAACACCAAGAGGAAGGUUGACUGGCUGACGGAGAAGAUGCGGGAAGCCAACUUCACCGUGUCCUCCAUGCACGGAGACAUGCCGCAGAAAGAGCGGGAGUCCAUCAUGAAGGAGUUCCGCUCUGGCGCCAGCCGAGUGCUCAUCUCCACAGACGUGUGGGCGCGGGGCCUGGACGUCCCUCAGGUGUCCCUCAUCAUUAACUACGACCUCCCCAACAACAGAGAGCUGUACAUCCACAGGAUUGGGAGGUCAGGGCGCUAUGGCCGCAAGGGCGUGGCCAUCAACUUCGUGAAGAACGACGACAUCCGCAUCCUGCGGGACAUCGAGCAGUACUACUCCACGCAGAUCGACGAGAUGCCCAUGAACGUUGCCGAUCUGAUCUGAGGGCGCUGGAACCGUCUACCUGCCUGGGCAGAGCGAGGGGUCGACGCGAACGCCUGGCGAGGCCCCGCCCCGGGGGCCUCUGGGGGAGUCGCCGUCUUUUCUUAGCCACGUGUAAAUAAUGCAUUGUUCUCAGCCUUUUUCAUUAAACGUUGGAAACUUC